UGCUUCCGUACACUCAUCAAAGUAUCGUGUCUCCAUGUCCAAAGUUGGACCAAACCGCAUGGAAAAACAGCUUCCAAGUCCCUCAACUGUGUUCUUAUGAUGGCAGGACUCUCUUCGAACUGGAAGAAACUCCAAGCUAAGCUCAGUGCCGAAAAUACUUCUAAGCCAUCUCACAAAAGAAAAGCAGAUUCUGAGUCUGCACCUCAACCUAAGAAAACGAAGAUAUCGAAAACCACCACUCAAGUCUGCCCAGCUAGGCCUAAGAGGUCGAGCGAGGUCAAAUCGAAAAUCCCAAUGGGGGGCGUCCAGAGCGCGCCCCCAAAGACAGAAACCAAACAGGGUGUAUCCCUAUCGUUAGCUCUAUGGGCCACAGACAAUGACAUCUCGGCCGAGUCAAUAGCUGAGGCGUAUGACCUUGGCCUGAAAGAUCCAAAAACGGUACUAGCGGCGGAAAAGGACAAGAUCAAUCAUGAUCUUUGCGAAGAUGUUACUAUUGGAAAGUAUGUUGCCAUCGAUUGCGAAAUGGUCGGCGUUGGGCCCGGGGGUCACGACUCGGUGCUGGCACGUGUGAGCAUUGUCGAUUUUCAUGGAAAGCAGAUCUAUGACUCCUACGUCAAGCCCAGGGAGAAAGUGACAAAUUGGAGGACGGCAGUGAGUGGCAUCAGCCCCAAACAAAUGCGCUUUGCUCGGGAUUUCGACGAAGUCCAAAAAGAUGUUGCGCAAAUCUUAGAUGGUCGCAUCCUUGUUGGUCACGAUCUCAAGCAUGACCUCGAGUGUUUGGCCUUGAGUCAUCCUGUACGGGACAUUCGCGACACUGCGAAAUUUCACAAUUUCAGGAAACUGGGCAAUGGACGGAAACCGGCUCUGCGGAUCCUGGCGCAGGAACUCCUAGGUGUUGAGAUUCAAAGCGGAGCGCACUCCAGUAUCGAAGAUGCGAGGGUCACGAUGCUGCUAUUUCGGAAGCACAAGCCGGGCUUCGAUGUCGAUCAUGCGAACCGAUUUGCCCCGAGAGUGAACCAAGCCAGCAUAUCAAAGGGUAGCAAAGUCAAGAAGAAGAAAUGAUACGGCACUCGCAGCAGCCAUGAUGUGGGGCUAUCAUAUGCUGGCCAUCAUGUCUAUAUCCAGGCGCCAAAUGGCAUAUACGCUCUAUACUCCCUGUCAGCAAAGGCGGUCCGUCCAUUUCGUCGGUCACCUCUGAUACUUGGUCGAUGCUCCAGUGGAAGUCUCAUCAGGUUGGACUAUGGAACGUCAUGAGCGGCACUUCUUGGAGUCGAACCUCAAAGUGCUCAUAUUGACCACCUAUCGGUGAUCCAACGGAACGGUCAAAUCGCUGAUCAUCACGCAGAGAGCGUGGUCUGAUUACGGACGGAUACUUCGUCU